AUUGAUUUAUUUGUUAUUUCAGAUGAACAGCAAAGAUACAUAGAUGAAUGGAAAUAUGGACCAUAUGCUUUUGAUUUGUACAGAAAGGCACUUGAAGACGGUAUCGAAGAAGACUCUUCUAUUAGAGUAAAUGUCGUGGGAAAUUUUGGACAAGGGAAAACAUCACUAGUAAACAGACUUAUUAGAAAAGAUAUUGACAGUAAGCAAAGUACGAACGGUAUAGACAUCGCGCACUAUAAAUGCCAACGAGAUUCAUAUGGAAAUAUAACAUACAAAAUAAACUCUGGUCUUGAUCCAUCAGAUAUUGCGAAACGAAUUAAAAUUGUGUCCAGACCUGUGGAAAAGAAAAAAGCGAAACGAGACGAAACAUUUGAAAGGAGAACAGCGUAUCAACCAAAGGACAUGUCAGAAGAAGAAAAACAUCAGUUAAUUCAAGUGAUUAAAAGCACAAAUGAGCAUGACAGUUUCAAUGACAACUCUAAAAUUUAUGACAUUUGGGAUUUCGGUGGUCAGUACGUAUUUUAUGCAACCCAUACGCUGUUUCAUAGCAGAAAAGCGAUUUACCUGCUAGUGUUCAAUUUAUCUUAUGGGCUUACUGAUGUUGUGCCAAACGACAAUGAAGAGGAUGAAUGUUGUACUUACGGAAGCCAGAGAACCAUGGAAUACUACAUACGGUUUUGGGUAAACUCAAUUCACUCUUUUGUUGGAAACAGAGAUGGAACAGAACCUAAAAUCAUUCUUGUCGGAACACAUUUUGACAACUUAAAAGGAGACGAUCGAUCAAAACGACGACAGGCAAAUAGCUACUUUGAUAAUGUUAGAGCAAUAUUUAAAGGGAAGCAAUCACUUCACCACAUAUAUCAUCAUGAUUUUCCAGUAGAUAACAAAGAUGUUAAAGAUGAUAUUUUUGUUAAACUGAAUGAUACAAUAUUUCAUGUCGGACAAGCGUUCUCAAAGUCAAACAAAGUUCCAGCCAAAUGGAUCCAGCUUGAAAAAUCUUUAUACCCCUACAAGGAAGAAAAGAUAGUUGAAUUCUCAAAAAUAGUUGAAAUAGAUAACAAAAACGAGUACCGUCUUGGUUCUUCCGAACAAAUAAAGCUGUUUUUGAAACACCAACAUGAUCAGGGAACUCUCUUUUUCUUUGACGAGGAGCCAGUAUCAAAAUAUGUUGUCCUGGAUCCACAGUUUCUUAUCGAUGCUUUCAAGUGUCUCAUUACAGCAAAUCGAUUCAUCACGAACAUGCCAGAUGUUUGGAAUGAAUGGCAAACCCUUAAAACAGAAGGGAAGUUAGAAACCUCGUUGAUCGACAAACUGUGGACAAAUGCUGAAGACAAAUUGAUAAUGACUCACAGAGACACAAUUCUCUGGUUCCUUCAGAAACAUCGCAUCCUUUCAGAAGCUUUGAGAUUCGAUGAAAAUGAACAGGUGGCAGUUGGACUAGGUUGGUAUAUCGUCCCAAGCCUACUUAAAGAUCAUAGUCAAGAAGCGGAAAUAAGAGAUUUUCUGAAGGGAAAGAAUCAAACAGAGAUCCAGUUCGUCAUGUCAUUUGACAACUCUGCAGUCGUGCCAACAGUUUACCACCGAUUAAUUGCUGCUGUUCUCGGAAAGUGGUCCAUUUUAGAAUUUAGGGAGAAAAAACUUCUUUUCGAAAACCUGUCAAUAGUCAGAAUUGAUCUGAAGCAUGCUGGAGUAAUAAGAUUAAAUGACAGGCAUAUACAGCUUUCUUUGCUGAAUCUUUGUCCUCCUAGUAAUGUCAAAAGAGUGGUUGCAGAUAAAUUAAGGCGCUUUGCUGAAUCCGUUAUCACGUACGAAUUUCGAAAAUUUCAGGGGGUUACAGAGAACAUGGAAUUGCCAUAUACACAAGCAUAUGCAUGUAAUCACGAAAGCCACGGUGUGUCUGGUAGCAAAAAUAUCAUAACAUUUGGUACGGAAUUUAGCAUACAGAGCAUUCCGUGUCCAGAUGUGGAGUCACAUAAGAUUGACACUGAUCUUGCGAAGUCUGAAUGGUAUCAAGGCAAUGAAGCGCUAGAAUUGGUGUCCUCGGAAGACUUAUCUGAUCAGACUCUAGGUAGAGUUUCGCAAGUAAUUGGCGAGGACUGGCAAAUACUAGGACAAGCACUUGGAUUAGGAAGGGUUGAGACUGAACAUAUUAAAGCAGACAAUCAUAGCACAUCCAUGAGGAUAUAUAAAAUGCUUCUUCACUGGCGUGAUACAUUUCCAGAAACAGCUUCUAUUGGCACGCUUGUUGAGAAGCUUAGGAGUCUGCCAAAUCUUACAGUAGACUGGGACGGUAUCAGGAAUAUAGUUGACGAACUAAAUAAGUCUAAACCGUCGAGAUCAUCUCAAUAAAAGUUUAGUAUAUUUACUUCGAAAGGUGUACAAACACCAACCAGGGGCAAGAUGCAAAUGCUGAAUUUUGGUGAAACAAUUAGAAAACAAUAAUGAAGUACAGUAGUGCCACAUAUAAUGAAACUGCUGACAUUUGUAAUGGGAAAUGACUAAGGCUUACUCCAGCAAAAGAUAACUAUUAUAAUAAAGAAGCUGAUUAAAACCGACAUACCUAGAAGACAUUUCUCUAUGUAAACAUAAUACAAAGCGGGUGGACGAUAAUAAACAUCCCAUUACGUUUUACUAACUUCUUCUUCUCUGGUCGGUACUCUACAGUGUAUUAAUAAAUAGAAAACAUUUAUAGAAGAUUGCUUUAAUGUAAAAUACGACAAACUGAAGGAUUUUAGAUAUUUAUAAAUGAUAUAAUGCAAAACAAAUCAAUUUUUCAGUUAAACUAUAAAUGUUCUUAUGAAAUGACACUUUGGACACUUUGACAAUUAACGGAAUAUUAGAAGCACUACGGAAAAAAUUAUAGAUGCACAUUAACUGGAACAGUAUUUGGUGUAAUAAAUGAACCCGAAAGAUCAUUACCGUUGGACUUUGGUUCGUAUACCAUUAAAUACGUAGAUAUAACUAUUCUAGUGUUUCGGUAUUGUAGUUUCAAAUAAGGCACUUCUAAUUUUGUAUGAUAAUGGAUGAUACAUUAUACAUGACUAGUAUUAAUAAAUUUGCUUUGUAAAGUUUUAGUUGGUGUACAUCUCCAUUCUUAACAGUAUCUUAAUUAUGUUACGGUGGGCAGUUGACCAAAUCAGAGCUCCAUGAUUCUGUACAAGUACAAAACUAUUUUUUGCAAGUCACUGCCAACUUCCUGAAAUGAAUCCGAGGUGGAGGAAUGUGGAAAACACGAAUACAUAGCAAGACUAAUUUGAAUGACAUGACAUCAGUUAUCAGCUAAAUGUGAAAUGUAAUUAUUUUACAGACUCUUGACUAAUUGUUAUGCUCAAAUGAACUAAUUGUUACGCUCAAAUAAUGUAGAAUGUGAUGUACGACACGAAACUUGCAUGCAAAUAUAUUUAUUCAUUAUCAUUCAUUAAACUGGUGUCUUUGAUGAUACUUGAAGCACCAUGUUCAUGCCUUUGUGGUCUAAAAGCUGAUAUUACUCGCUUCGAUUCACUAUUUGCUCACCACAUUUGGUCCGAAACCUCGUCUGAAGUGUAAUAUGUUUUGAUGUGACGAAGUCAUCCAGCUUGUUUACAAAGGGCAAGGGUUCUACCAAGGAACUCCACUAUAACUGAAACAAUGUUUGAAUGGGUAAUCAAAAGUGAGACCAAUCGAAAACCUUGAAGCGAUUAAUUGUCCUAUGCGCUUCUAAUUGUUGGAGAAUUAAUAUCCUACAUAAGUAACAGCGUCCACUAUCAAACAUCAGAUACUAUCUCAUAUUUCGGUCGAUUAUAAACUCAAAAGCUACCUUUGUUUUUUCAAAAUUUUCCGACCUUUUGUAAAUAUCUCCUAUUUCUGUACCAUAAUUGUAAAUGCCUUUGAUUCUUGUCAGUAAAAGGCGUAUCUCAAAGCGUUAUUUAAGUACAUAAUAAGAAUAAAUAGCAUAUAAUUAUUUCGGUACCGGUGAGUCAUGAAACUUAUAACAACCAGAAUAGAACACCUCGUGGUACAUUCUCAUGUGAACGUUUUUAACAGUUUUACUUGUUCUUUCAUUUGAAUUGCCGAUAUUUUUAUUUGCUGACGGUAUAACGUCCUUUAGGGAUAUUUGACUUUCCUGUCCGAGUUACAUUGUAUAUCCAAAGAAAAUUUCAUUACUUGAAUGAGUGUUUUAAGAGAGGUGCUCACGCUUUAGCUACCACAUAUAAGUUAGUAUUGAAUUAAAUAUGAAAUAUUCUUUCUUAGUAUGCAUAAAUGAUAAACAUACCCUUAAGAAGAAUUUUCUCGUUACUUUUGAUGAAUAAUCAUUCAGAUAUGAUUUUUGUAUAAAUGUACUUUAUUUGGACUGAAACAGUUUUCCCUUAUCGUCAAUAUAAACACUCAAAGAUUUUGUUGUACAAUAUUUUAACACAGUUGUUGCUAUGUGUAUGCGUUUUCUGUGUUUAUACUUUAGAAAAACAAGAUUUUACCUAAAUAUAAGGUUAUAUUUAAUUAAAGUAGGUGUGGUAGUUUGUAAUAUUUGUUAUAUGUAUUAUCUUCAAACAUGUUAAAAGCAUAGUCGCAAUAAGUACAAAUGCUGAAUAUUAAGGUAGUAGAGGCGUAAUAGCAAUGUUUACAAAAUGGCAUUUGCUUGGUAUAUUCUUAAAGAUGACCAUGUUUUGCACUGUUUUGCAAUUUUUUAACAACUUUUACCGUGUCGUUUUUUAUAAAUUUUGUAUAACUUAUGGUAUCUCCUCAAAUUUCAAAGUGAUGGUCACUAUACAAAACGUUUGCAGAGAACUCAUUUUACCAUUAAUUUAAAUAAAAGAAUCAUCAAACUAUUGGCAAAUAAUUAUAAAACACAAAAUAAAAAUGUGAAUAUCAUUUUAUCUAGGGUUCCUCAAGUAAACGGAUUUUAUGAUACAGAAUUCUAUCUUCAACAUUGAAAAAAUAAGGUCGAAUCCUAUGUUUCUGUUAUGAAUUUUGCUAUCUUCAUUCAAAAAUAACCUUGGGGCAGACGUAAGAUUUACCUAAAUUUCUUCCACGAUAUGUAAUCUAAAAAGGGAAGCAAAAUAGAGAACUUUUACAGCAUGUAACUCAAUAUUUUAAAGAUGUGUAACUCUACCUCUUAUGUUUAACUAGUAAAUUCACUUUGAAAAGCAAGAAAUCGCUUAGAUCUGUCAAAUCAUUUUUUUUUUUUCAUUUUUGUACAAUAAAUCAAUCAAAGAAACAAAAACUUACUAUAAAAAGUGGAAAGUAAGGAAACAAUUUUGGUCCAAGUAAGACUUGAACCUACGCCCCCCUGAGAAUUGCAGUAAAAGUGGGUUUAUGGUUGGAAUUGAAUACUCUUCAAAAAGGAGGUACUCUAUUACGCCUCUACUACCUUAAUGUAACAGUACUAAUGAAAUACGACACCAUAAGAAUAAUAACAAAAAAUGUACUGUGUUUACAUUAUUCGCACUAUCAUAUGAGUUUAUGUAUAAAAGGUUCAAUUUUGGACAUACAUGUACAAAAAAUAUUUUAGAAUAUAAGGAUGAUUCUAUAUGUAUUAGUGCUAUCAUUGAUGUUGUUAAAUAUAGCUGCAUUCUAUUAUACUGUUAAAUAUUUUAUAGAGUAUACAUGUCUAGGAAAUGUAAAUAUCUCUGCUAUUAGUUAUGAUAAAAUUAUCAUGUAUAAUUGUCGAGUUAGUAAUAGAUUUUAUUUCUUUCCUUAAGGUAGUUCUGCACGUUCGGAUCUUUUUUUCUACAAUGUAGAAUUAGUUAGAACUCUAAUUUUUCAAAACUUCAGAAUAUACAUAGAAAGUUCAGCAAAUAAAAAUGAUGGGGUCAUAUGCUGGAUUUUUGCUGGACUGAUUUGAAAAAGUUGAACCUCUUGCAAAUUUUUAUAAUGGGAGUCUAC